UAUUCACUACAAAUAGAUUGAAAUGCCACAAAGGCAGUUGAGCAGUUCGUGAUUAGCAGUUCCCCUAUUCCUCCCAUCCCCAUCCUCCCUGAUGAUCCCCCCGCUCCACUAGUCGUAUCUCCCUCUCCUCGCCUCCGCUCUCCUCGCCUCCGCUCUCCUCCCCUCUCUCCGGUCCUCGGCCGGCGGCCCCUCAAACCCUAGCCCCGAGCGCGAGCGCGGCGGAGAUGGAGCAGCACGUGCUGGUGGCGCUCGCCCUCUCCUUCGUCGGCGGCCUCAGCACCUCCCUCGGUGCGCUGCUUGUGAUCGUCAACCCUUCCCCUGACCUUAAGAGGCUCGGCCUCCUCCAGGGUUUUGCUGCUGGACUUAUGUUGAGCAUCUCGUUUCUAGACUUGGCACACAACGCACUCAACUCCAUUGGCUUCUUGAAGGCCAAUCUAUGGUUUUUUGCAGGAGUUCUUUUCUUUGGGUUCGUUGUCAAGUUUAUUCCAGAGCCAACCUUUGUGCCAACAACUGAUGCAAGCAAGAAAAAGCAGACUGAUGAUGACGGGUCGGGCAAAGAUAUGAUGAAAAAACAUCGCCGGCAAGUCUUAUUCAGUGGCAUCAUUACUGCUGUUGGAAUUAGCUUGCACAAUUUUCCUGAGGGAAUGGCGGUAUUUCUUGGAUCCGUGAAGGGUCUUCGCGUGGGAGUUAACUUGGCUUUCGCUAUUGCUUUACAUAACAUACCUGAGGGGGUUGCUGUAGCUCUGCCACUCUAUUUUGCUACCAAAAGCAAAUGGCAAGCAUUUAAAUAUGCAACACUCUCUGGUUUGGCUGAGCCACUAGGAGUAUUUUUUGUAGCUGUCUUGUUUCCGAGCAACUUAAAUCCUGAAAUUCUUGAAGGCCUACUUGCAUCAGUUGGUGGUGUUAUGGCUUUCCUCACUUUGCAUGAGUUGUUACCUCUAGCAUUUGACUAUGCUGGCCAGAAGCAAGCUGUCAAAGCAGUCUUUGUUGGCAUGGCCGUCAUGUCUGCGAGCUUGUAUUUCCUGGAGAUCAGCCUACCGAAGGAGAUCAGCUUGUAACAUAUGACUGCACCACUGCAACUAUACCAGGUGUUCAUAGUGUCUUCUGAAGCCCGAGAACUUUGCCACACAUCAACCUUUCUUUGCGCUCUGAAGGCAAGGACCAAGAAACACGAUGGGAUUGCGUUGGCCAUGUGUAGCAUACACUAUUACUCCUGGUCAUUGUGUCUGACCGUUGUUUACUAGGAAAUAUAGCAGUGUGGCGACCCAUAUGCGGUGGCUGGACAUCCCUCAUUUUGUUGUUUAAGAGAACCAUAUGGGGUGAAAGAUACAACCGUUGGGUUUGUUGUCCAGUAAGAGGAUGCAACUAGAACUGAUUUGUGGCAUUUUCGCCGGCCGAUUUGACACUUGUUAAAUACCUGCUCACAAUCAUGGCUCCAGACUGCAGUUGGUCCUGUUAACCCUUUUGAUUGUGUUGAAAAUUUAUACAUCUUCAAUUUCUUUUC